AUGUCUGUCAUUGGGUCUUUGAUUUUCUGCACCGACUGCGGCAAUCUGCUGCGAGAGUCCACCGGAGAUGCCAAUGCGAUCUUACAUUGCAAUGUCUGCGGAACUCGCAACAAGGACACAAUUCCUCAGACAAUCAUUUCUGAGUCGAAGCCUUCUUCAUUCCCAUCUGCUCUGAGGGCCAAGCGAUCCGCUGUUCAAACCUUGUCCGCGGAGGACCGGAAGACUGAAGCUGUCAUCAAGGAAACUUGCGAAAAAUGUGGAAGAAAGGAGAUGUUCUACACCACUGUCCAGCUUCGUAGUGCUGAUGAGGGUAGUACGGUUUUCUACCGCUGUGUCUGCGGUUUCAAGAAAACCUCGAACAACUAA